GCAGUGUCGCAGUGAGAAGUUCAGUGAGGCUCUAGCUAUAGCUGACAGAUAUUAUUCAAUGGUCAGUAAAUCUCGUAUAUUGACGGAAAACGCGUUCAAUCGAAUAGCAUCAAAACUACUGUUGUGCUUUGUGAGCAAAACUCAGUGGCAUUGAAUUGUUAGAUAAGUGAAACUGCAAUUAGUGCGUAUCAGUUUGAUAUUGAUAAUAAUGCGAAACUAGCAGACGAAAAUAGUACGCAAAGGCUGAGAGAAUCUACGAUAAAAAUGGAGUUGAAGAUAUUUGUUUUGCUGACAAUUUCGGUACUCGCACUGCCUCUGGGUCUAGCAUCUGGUGUUUCCGUAGAACCACAAAAUACGGUCCAAACUUCGAACAACCAUACCGAAAGCCAAUUGGCUUUACAGACAAAGUUAAACGACACGGUUUCGAAAGUGAUAGAAGCAUUCGAGGAAAGUUCAUUUCCCGAUGAUCAUCCGAAUCAGGAACAUGCUAAAAAAGGACGGAUUAUGGCUCGAAAAGGAGUUGACAUAAAUGCAACGACUGGAACCGUGUUGACCCCGGAGCCUAUAUCUGCAACGGCAGUGUUAAAAAGCAGUGAAGCGCAACAGCAAAACGUUUCAUUGCCACAGUCGAGCAAAGUUGGCAUUGACAGCAAUAAUACAAUCGCAGUGGGUACUGGAAACAUAAACAAGUCAAACACUACAACGCCUACUGCUACCAUUCACCCAAACAAUGCAUCCGCAGUAAUAACAAGCACUUCCAAUGUAACAGCAGUUGAGACAACUACGAGGAAAAUCACCAGCAGUUCGACGACGACGACCGCAACCACCACCACGACGACGACAACGACGACCGCUAGCACCACAACAAAGUUCCCAAAGAAGCCAAAAAUAACCUAUUCGGUAGACGACGAACCAAAAUUAAUCCAAGCGGCCAAACCGGGCUACGAUUCACCUGUAUUGCUUACCAAACUGGGUACGACGGCCGGUGUCAGUGACGCAAACGGACGGCUACACGUGGAAGAACCACUGGCUGAACUGUCCAAGGAAUACAUCCCAGUGGCAAUGAUAGGACCUCCCGCCGGUCACCGGGAGUUCGUUAUCCCGGUGGUAACACUGAUCUUCGCGAUACCGCUGCUGAUCGGGCUGUUUCUGUUGUCUUACCGGCGGGCGAAAGAAUUCUGGCUAACGCGUCACUAUCGCCGGAUGGACUUUCUGGUGGACGGAAUGUAUAACUACUAGAGGGUCACAGCCACCAGUUGUUGAUAGUUGGGCGGCGAACCAGUUUUAACGCAUUUUGGAGCUACAAAAUUUUUGCUUUGAUAGCAGAAUGUGAUGUUUAUUUUGUUUUUGAAAUGUUUUUUAUCGUUUUUAAAAUUUGGCAAACGUAAAAUUAGGUUCUGAAAGCGACAAUCAAUUAUGUAAAUGUAUGCCAAAACAAGUUAAUCAUUUUUGUAGUGUCGGAAAUUGCGCCAGGUAGGAAUCGUUUACCACAUAAUCAAAACGAAAGUGACGAAUUUAGAAAUGAAGUAGAAUCUAUCUCCAAGUAGCCAAUGAAAAUCCUGAACCUAAUCUCUUAUCGAAAAUUUUCCAGAAUAGAUACAUGUUCAAAGAGUAUGACCAAAUACUUCCCGAUAGGAUUAAGUAAGUGCCUUUUCGAAACACAUAUGUAACUUGCGAAUUAGUAAAUGAAAACGUACUGAUUUUUGUCUUUCCACGUAUUAUUUCUACUAGCAUGCUCAAAAUUGAAACCGAAAUAUACGAACAUGUCACUGCGGAUUUGAAAAAUAAACCACUCAAAAUAUUGUACAGACAAAAAGUGUAGAAAUAGUUUACACACAAAAGUAGAUGACACUAAACAAGAUUAACAUUAGGGCUGUAAUAAUCGGAACUGCAAAUGUUUAGGCUGAAUUCGGAAUUGUUUCACAUCUGGUUUUGUUGUGAACUUAGAACAGAAGCUAAGAGAAUUGUUUGCCAAUAAAACACUGCAAUGAGGGUGUUGAA